GUCUUGCUAUUACCAAGCACCUAUUCCCCACACUCACUCUUGUCACUCUCUCUCUCUCUCUCUCCGGAGUCACUCAAAUCCUAGACACUUAACAGAAGUGAGGGGUGGAUUUUGUUUUUAUCUUCUUUUUACAGCUCAACCUGCAUCUCUCUCUGCAUCUCAGAUCGAACCCGCCGGUAAUAUUUUUCUUUCUUUUGCGGCUUAGAUGUUGUCAUCACCCAGAUAACCAUAUGUUCACGGCAGGCAUUCUAGAGCUUGGUGUGUCAGAUGAUUUAUAGUGGCUAUAUUAUGCUUGAUCAGUGCCACUAUGGGCGUCUGUCUGAAGGAGUGGCAAGGGUUGUGGCUUCUUUGCAUUCUACUUAUUCUUAUCGCAAGGAACGAAAUUGGAGCCAUCAGUCCUGAUGGUGAGGCACUUCUAAGCUUCAGGACAGCAGUUGUUAGUUCAGACGGAGUCCUUCAAUGGAGACCAGAAGAUCCUGACCCAUGUAAUUGGAAGGGUGUGAAAUGUGAUUCAAAAACAAAGAGAGUAAUAUACUUGAGUAUUCCUUAUCACAGAUUGAGUGGAUCUCUAUCCCCUGAUCUUGGGAAGCUGGAACACUUGAAGAUUUUAGCUCUUCAUAACAACAACUUCUAUGGGACAAUUCCUUCAGAGUUGGGAAAUUGCUCACAAUUACAGGGAAUAUACUUGCAGGGUAACUAUUUGAGUGGAUCUAUUCCCAGUGAAUUGGGAGAGCUUUCAGAGCUUGAAACUUUGGAUAUUUCGAGCAACUCUCUAAGUGGAUAUAUCCCUCGGUCACUUGGGAAGUUGGAUAAGCUUAAUACUUUCAAUGUGUCAAGGAAUUUUCUGAUUGGAUCAAUACCAUCUGAUGGUGUGCUAAUCAACUUUCCAGAAAGCUCCUUUGUUGGCAAUCGUGACUUGUGUGGUAAGCAAAUCAGCGUGACAUGCAAGGAUGAUGGUGGAGGACCUGGAACCAAUUCUCAAUCUCCAACUUCAGCCCAAAAUCAGGGUGCAAGAAAGAAGUACUCUGGGCGGCUGCUUAUUAGUGCAUCAGCAACAGUGGGUGCACUACUUCUAGUCGCACUUAUGUGCUUCUGGGGUUGCUUUCUGUACAAGAAGUUUGGUAAAAAUGAUGGUAAAAGUCUUGCAAUGGAUGUCAGUGGAGGUGCUUCAAUAGUAAUGUUUCACGGAGAUUUGCCAUACUCUUCAAAAGACAUCAUAAAGAAAUUGGAGGCUUUGAAUGAGGAGCACGUAAUAGGUUGUGGGGGCUUUGGAACAGUGUACAAGCUUGCUAUGGAUGAUGGCAAUGUAUUUGCUUUGAAAAGAAUUAUAAAAAUGAAUGAGGGCUUUGAUCGUUUUUUUGAGAGAGAGCUGGAAAUUCUUGGAAGCAUUAAACACCGAUACCUAGUGAAUUUGAGAGGUUAUUGCAACUCUCCUACAUCAAAAUUGUUAAUUUACGAUUUCCUUCCUGGUGGUAGCCUUGAUGAAGCUCUUCAUGAAAGAUCCGAGCAGCUUGACUGGGAUGCAAGAUUGAAUAUCAUUCUAGGAGCUGCAAAAGGACUGGCAUACUUGCAUCAUGAUUGUUCUCCCAGGAUCAUUCAUCGAGACAUAAAGUCAAGUAAUAUUUUGCUUGAUAGCAAUCUCGAGGCUCGAGUGUCUGACUUUGGACUUGCCAAACUUUUGGAGGAUGAAGAAUCACACAUAACGACCAUCGUCGCUGGAACAUUUGGUUAUCUGGCCCCAGAAUAUAUGCAAAGUGGUAGAGCAACAGAAAAGACUGAUGUUUAUAGUUUUGGGGUUCUGGUGCUUGAAGUGUUGAGCGGCAAGCGACCAACAGAUGCUUCGUUUAUUGAGAAGGGCCUGAACAUUGUUGGCUGGUUAAAUUUUCUGGUCACAGAGAGUAGGCAAAGGGAGAUCGUUGAUACGCAGUGCGAGGGGGUGCAGGCAGAAAGCCUUGAUGCAUUGCUCUCUGUUGCAAUCCAGUGUGUUUCUUCUAGUCCAGAGGAGAGACCCACAAUGCACAGGGUGGUACAGUUGCUUGAAUCAGAGGUCAUGACCCCAUGCCCAAGUGACUUCUACGAUUCCAACUCUGAAUGAAAAAGCCUUGUGCAAAGAUGCAGAUUUUGACGAUUACAAGGUGUGCUGCAUCGUCUUUGUCCUGUCGAUGUCUUUCAGAGCAUUUUGUUAGCCAUCAAUGGAAAUCAGGGCGCAUUUUGCUACUUGCACUGUCCUCAUUUUACAUAAUCUUCCUUUUGACUUUUCUGUCUUCACUUCAACUGUAUUUCAUUAUGAUUUAUCCAUUCCCUCACCCCUUCCCCAAUUAUCUACUGUGUAAUCUCCACCAUUUGUUCUUCUAAAUUAAAUGUAAAUCACAUUUGUAUAAAUUGAAAUUGUUUUCACUUCGCAAA